CGAGGGGGCGGUUCCCGUUCCUCCUCGGAGCCGGAUGUUUGCCGAGCUUUGACAGGCGUGGCAGAGGGAGCAUUGCCUGAGCGCGGGUUCUCUUCCAGUUCUUCUGCAGGGAACAGACUUAGCCAUGGACCCUCUCGCGGAACUGCAAGAUGAUCUGACCUUGGAUGAUACCAGCCAAGCUCUGAACCAGUUGAAGCUAGCCUCCAUUGAUGAGAAGAACUGGCCUUCUGAUGAAAUGCCAGACUUUCCCAAGUCAGACGACUCGAAAAGCAGCUCUCCAGAACCUGUCACACACCUGAAGUGGGAUGACCCUUACUAUGACAUUGCUCGGCACCAGAUUGUGGAAGUAGCAGGUGAUGAUAAAUAUGGGCGGAAGAUCAUUGUCUUUAGCGCUUGUCGAAUGCCCCCUAGCCAUCAGCUGGACCACAGCAAGCUCUUGGGGUACUUGAAACAUACACUGGACCAGUAUGUGGAGAGUGACUACACACUGCUGUACCUGCACCAUGGCCUGACCAGUGACAACAAGCCCUCCCUCAGCUGGCUACGGGAUGCCUACCGGGAGUUUGACCGCAAGUACAAGAAAAACAUCAAGGCCCUGUACAUCGUGCACCCAACCAUGUUCAUCAAAACCCUUCUUAUCCUUUUCAAGCCUCUCAUCAGUUUCAAGUUUGGACGGAAGAUCUUCUAUGUGAAUUACCUGAGUGAGCUGAGUGAGCAUGUGAAGCUGGAGCAGUUGGGGAUCCCUCGCCAAGUGCUCAAGUAUGAUGACUUCCUCAAAUCCACACAAAAGAGCCCUGCAACAGCUCCCAAGCCCAUGCCACCACGACCUCCACUGCCAAAUCAGCAGUUUGGGGUCUCAUUGCAGCACCUCCAGGAGAAAAACCCAGACCAAGUGCCCAUUCCUAUCGUGCUCAGGGAGACAGUUGCCUACUUGCAGGCUCAUGCUCUCACCACUGAGGGCAUCUUCCGGAGAUCAGCCAACACCCAGGUUGUACGGGAAGUGCAGCAGAAAUACAACAUGGGGCUGCCGGUGGACUUCGCCCAGUACAACGAGCUGCACCUGCCAGCAGUCAUCCUCAAGACCUUCCUUCGGGAACUUCCUGAGCCCUUGCUGACCUUUGACCUCUACCCCCAUGUUGUGGGCUUCCUCAAUAUUGAUGCAAGCCAGAGAGUGGAGGUGACACAGCAGGUUCUCCAAACUCUGCCAGAGGAGAACUACCAGGUGCUUCGUUUCCUGACUGCCUUCCUAGUGCAGAUAUCUGCUCACUGUGACCAGAACAAGAUGACCAACACUAACCUGGCUGUAGUCUUUGGCCCUAACCUGCUGUGGGCCAAGGAUGCUGCCAUCACUCUCAAGGCCAUUAAUCCUAUCAACACCUUCACUAAGUUCCUCCUGGAUCAUCAAGAGGAGUUGUUUCCCAGCACAGAUGCCCAGGGUGUCUGAGCUCAGUCCCCACCCAACCCCCCAGCCCCUUCUCUGGCAGCCCCAGUAGGACUUGUUCUCCUGGUAUUAACCUUAUUGGUGUCCAGGGCUCCUGUCUAGGAAGGGGUCCUGAAGCCCCAGGAGAUGGAAGUUGGAGCCCACCAACUGGGCAGCCCCUCCUCUCCCUCUGUCCAGCCCCUUUCCAGCUCUGGAGGCCUCUGUUAUUGUGACAUUUUCUUUGCCUUAUACCUCUCACUGCCUCUUUGGUUGCUGGGCUUUCCAAAACUGGGCUUGGCUCUUCUGGGAUUGAGCCCCAGUAACCCUUUUCCUUUUUCCUGCCUGUUUCCCUGGCAACUGUAGAAGACUAAAUCACUGCCAGCUGUGCUGGUAUCAGGGGCUGGUCCUCUCUUUCCUGAUUGCUAGGAAAUGGGACAGCUGAGCUCCUUGGCUUGCGUUGGCUAUGCUGGGUCAGUUGCUGUGCUUUUUUAGGAGUGGGUGUUGGCCUGGGUGCAGGUUUUCUAUGCCUGCCCUUCCUAAUAGGGAUUACAAGACCAGAGUUGGCUUGUCACUUCUGCCUCCCCAAGUGGUACUGUUCCCACUGUGUCCUAUUUCCCCAUUGCUGCCACACUUGGCAUCUUGGCUAACAAGACUCAGAAUCUGAACAUCUGCUGAAAUGGUCCUUUUCCCUCCCAGGGAGAGCCCUAGUGUCAGGUAUGGCAACAGCAGCCUUGGUCCUCCAUGCCUUCUCUUUGUUCUUAUGUGCACAGAUCCUCAGCCAAUGGCUGUGGUGCAUCGUUCUGGUGAGGAGUCACUCUGUCCCUGUUGUGACCAUAGGUGCCAGUGCUUCAGGAUCCAUUUGUGGCUCUCGCCUCCUGCCUGGGUACUCUUGGAGGGCAGGAGCUCAGAAGCCCCUAAGAGGGGCAUAGGUUUUACUAAUAAAUCACCGUCAGAAAAGUUCUAGCAACUCCCUUGAGAGAGUAUGCUGGCUACAGGGCCCUGUCGUCUUUCAGAAAGCCUGAGGCCCAGUGAUGAUUGAUAGCUUUCAUUCUAUUCCUAAUGAAAACUUGUGACCCUCUUCCAGAAGUCUGCCUCCUAGUGGUAGGGAAGUACCCUGCAGUGACCCUGCCCCACAGGUGUGGCCAGGCAUGACAGCUCCAGAGAUGGUACUGGUUACUGUGGGAUCUACACUGACCACCUUGCACAGGAGGCAGGCCUCCUCACUGGCUUUUUCCUGCACCAGUGUGUCAGGUCUCAUGCCUGGCCCAGGCUGGCCCGUUCUGCUUUCACCCACCUUUUUGUAUGAGGUGUUGCUACACUCCAUUUACUGAGGAGCUUUUUGGACCUCACUAGUCCUUCUCCUGCCCCUGCCCUGCCCUUUCAAUCUGUAGCUGGGGGCGCUCUUUACUGUGAAACCAGUGUUCACAAUUACCAUGAUUUCCUUGGCACCAAUCAUGUAUUUCACCAUUUGCACUUUUUGUAUUUCAAUAAGUAAAUAAAAAUGGAAAUAGAAACA